UUAUUUUAUUCUAAAGGAAAUCUUUUGUAGAAGUAGAACAAUUACUUUUUCACCAUUUUUCCAAAAACAAAAUCACUAUUUAUUUAUGUGCCUGCUGCCUGCUUAACUUUAAAUCCACAAUUUAUACCCCAAUUACACCACAAUAAUCUUGAUAUGGUUUGAAAUUAAGAAUCUUACAAAAGAAAGAAAAAAUACUAAAGAUCAAACUAAUAUAUUGAAAACUACGUUUUGUACUUGUGUUGUGUAGGCAUUCAUGAAAGCAUGGCAGAAGGCAUGCCAUUGCAGCCAAGGGCCGUCUAAGGUUGUGAUCCCAAAUGGAGAAUUUGUUGUGGCAGAGGUCAUCUUUGCUGGUCGAUGUAAAUCUCAAGUAACUGUUGAGCUUCAAGGGAAUAUAGUAGCAGAUCCUGAUGUUAGUCAAUUUCCCAACCAUGAAUUUAUCGUCUUUGAAGAUGUAGAUGGUGUCACCUUAACCGGACACGGAACUAUUGAUGUUAGUAACCAGGCUAACAAGUCCUGCAAUCCACAUAACAAGGAUGCUAAUUUUUUUAAUCUCAUGCCUACAGUAAAAGUAUACAAGGCAAAAAACAUAGUGGUGGAGGGAAUCAAAUCCGUGAAUCCUUCUACAUCCCAUGUCAUGGUUUUGGAGAGCCAAAACGUAAUCAUCCGUAAUGUCAAAUUUGAUGCAAAAUCUUUGGAACCUAACACCAACUCAAAUGGGAUCUAUAUAAGUGCCUCAAAUCAAAUUAGUGUGUCUAACAGCUACAUCAGAUCUGGUGCUGAUUGUGUCACUGUUGCCCCGGGCUCUACCUCUGUAUCUAUCACUGGACUCACCUGCGAAGCUGGACUAGGCAUUAGCAUUGGAGCACAAGCGUUUAGUGCUGCACUAGACGUGAAGGGGGUGAUAGUCAAGAACUGUACGAUCAAGGGAAGUGUAUUCGGCGCGAGGAUCAUCCCUCGUGUGGAGGCCAAAGUAAGCCUCAUUACAGGCAUCACAUUUCAAGAUUUGAUCAUGGAAGGAGUGCAGAACCCUAUAUUCAUCAACCAGCAACAAGACGUCCUUAAGCCAACCCAGACAAUCCUAGCAAAGAUAGUGGAUGUCCACUUCAAGAACAUAAAGGGUACUGUAACCACCAGAAACGCACUCACUUUCUCAUGCAGCCCAAUAUCACCUUGCGAAGGCAUAGAAGUAGUUGAUAUUGAUCUCAACUUCAUUGGCACAGCCUUGCUUGGAAACGACACUAUUGUUGAUCUCAGCAUUAUUGACAAAACCUUGCAUGGAAAAGGAAUAGGUUUCCUGGUUAAUUGUUUGAAUGCAAAAGUACUCUUUGGCGGUAAACAUGAGGGAUUGAGUUGUGGUCUUCUUCAAUAAGAAGCUUAUUAUGUAUUUGGGUUGAUUGGGAUGACAUUAAGCGGAUUGUAUUAAGGAAACUACAAAAGUAAUGUGCGAUAUUUUAUUACAAUAAUGAUCCUGCACGCUUUAUUUUGUUAUUA